CAUCCACGGCACCGGGUGUCGAUAUUUUUUGCCCAUCCAGUUCUCUGGCAAUCGUGGCAGCGACCGGAUGCUCGGGCGACCCUCUCAGGAGAUCAUAUAUAUCGCAGUGAGAGAAAAGUGGCCCCCAGCGGGAGUGCGUGGUAGACGGAGGAAGUGGAUAAAUCUGAGUGAAUGUGGGGCGAAAUCUGAGAUCUGUGUGGCGACACUGUGAAAAGGGGGGCGUGCUGUACAUGUGACCGAUGGACCGGAAACUGUGGGACACAGAUUAAAUUCAUUACUUCACAAACAAUUUGCCAAUGUUUGGCGAGAUUUGAGGAUUUCUCUGCCUCUGUAAGUGUAAAUAAAAGGCCGGGACUGUUCGCAGUGUGCAUGAGAGAGAACCUGAACCAAUGAAUAUAUCCCAGUGACUGAGAAUUUUCACAAUCCUCAUAGACAAUGGCAUUGGUGAUGUUGUAAAUUUAUUUAUGGUAGUGCAAGUGAAAGGUUGAGCAUGGCUAGUGGAUUGGCAUUUGCCAUGGAUUUAAAUACACGUGGAUUUAUUGCCAUUAGCAAAUCAUACGUGGUGUUACAUUUCAAUUAAUAAACAAUUUUCCCGGAAAAUCUCCACCCCGCGUCGGCAACGGAAGCUUUUGGGGCUUGUGAGACAAGGCAAUUUUCACUUUAUUUUUCUAAUUAACUGAAAUCCAAUCCUGUGUUAAUUGCAACACCGCAACGCUAAAAGUGUGUAAACGAGCAGAAGCCGACAUCUUUUCAGUGUGACCCCAUGAAGGCACAUUUUCUGCGAAGUUAUCAUUAAAGAAUAAUCAGCGGCGGAAGACAAUGUGACGAUGAGAAAGAGGGAAGACAAAACGGAAAAAUGAGAUGAAAGCUACUAGAAAAGCAAGAGUGCAAAUGGAGCGUCACAAAAUUGACUAUUGAGUGAUUAUUUUCACAAAGAGUGGAGAAACGUGCGGACGUCUUUUGGGUGAAACUUCGUCCAAUGCGGAGAAUGGGGGAAGAUGAUUGAAUUGAAAAAUGGACAUCUACUACUUAGCAGUUCUUCUCGUGCUGGUGACACAGUGCUUUUGUGACGAUUGGACGUCGAGUUGCCCGCCAAAGUGCAUUUGCAAAUGGAUCAAUGGGAAGAAGUCGGCGCAAUGCAAUGCACUCGAGCUCACGAGCAUUCCAACGCAGCUGAGCACAGAAGUCCAAGUAUUGGCACUCAACGAUAAUGACAUUAGCAAUCUCAAUCGGGAUGAGUUCAUGUCCCGCGGCCUGAUCAAUCUGCAGCGGAUUUACGUGAAGUCAUCGCAUGUACGGCAUCUGCACCGAGACGCGUUCCGUAACCUCAAGAUUCUCGUGGAGAUUGAUUUGAGUGGGAAUGAGAUUGAGUCACUUGAGCGCGAAACUUUCGCCGGCAAUGAGCGCCUUCGGUUGCUGUAUCUGUGCGGGAAUCCUCUAAGGCGACUCGUGGCGAAUCAGUUUCCACCAUUGCCACAUCUCAGGAGCCUCGAUUUACAUGACUGCAGGGUGGAUUUUGUGGCGUCAACCGCCUUCAAGAAUGUGGCUCUGGUGGAGUUCCUCAAUCUAAAGAACAAUCUGCUAGAAACUCUGCCCGCCGAUGUGUUUGUCCACAUGCAGAACCUGAAAACUCUCACUCUGGAUGAGAAUCCUUGGAAUUGCGAUUGCAAGCUGCGAAAUUUCCGCAAUUGGUAUCUGCAAAGCUAUCCACAUGGCAGUAGUCUUAUCUGCAAGCGACCCUUUUCCUUCACAGGCCACGUAUGGGAACAGGUGGCUGAGAAUCAAUUUGGGUGUGCUCCUCGUGUGGAUCUCUUCAGCGAUGGUCUCCUCAGUGAGGACAUCGGCAGCAAUGUGUCCUACCACUGUCUCGUCACGGGCGACCCGAAGCCCGAGAUCACGUGGGACUUUAAUGGCAAGAUACUCGACAGCGACAGCAUGUUGUACACUCUCGAGGGCAGUGGACCAGAGAGCAGUGGUGAGGUGUGGGAUCAGCAGGCCUGGAGCAAUCUCACUAUCUUUAAUGUGACCAAUUACGAUUCGGGAGUGUACACGUGCUCCGCACGGAACAUUGUGGGCUUCACCAGCCGGAAUGCCACGCUGUUCCUGCAAGAAGUGGCGCGCGGCGUUAUAGUGAAGACCCCAGAGACGUUCUGGUACUUCGGACUCAUACUGGGAACUUUUGGAACGGUAUUCACGCUGAUAUUGAUCUCGGUGGCGGCAUGCGUGUGCCGGAAAGCCAUGCGACGGCGUUCUCGCAAAAAGAACAUCAAAGGCAGCGUGAGCUUCAACGAUCAGGAGAAGAAGCUCCUGGAUCUCAGUAUAACGACAAAUGAACGUCAGGAUAGCUGCGAAAUGGCCAAUACGCCGUCCACAAACAAGACAAGUGAGUCCGUGAUAGCUCUCGAGCCUGUACAGAUCACCAUCGAGAACAUCUCCAGGAAUGAGGAGUUCCCGCUCAACGUGGGCGUUUUCCCACCUCCUCCCGAAUUCUGUUCUAGCGUCCUGCCCAAUCCUGCGUACGGGAACAUCUUCAUCUCCGUGUCUGUGGCGCCGGAAACUCUAGACAAUCCUGACAUGUACCCAGACCUCCUAAACAUUCCCAACCGCGUGAAGGGGAAGAUGAUCCCCAUGAGCGUCUCCUCGGCUUACGCCACACUUCCGCGCCACAGUCGCCAUCAUCACGUACCGGGGACCACGAGCUUGGUAGCGAAGAGCGAUGUGCCCACAAUUCACGAGGACGAUGUGGUGAACUACCACAAUCUGGAGAACAACUACGUCUGUGUGGGUGAUCACUGCCCAGGCGCCAGUUGUCGACGCCAUCCUGGCCAAGAGACUUCCUUCGUGCCGACCCAACUCGACGAGACGGCCAUGAAGUGCAGCGAGAGCUUCUUCUGCCCAAAGUACGACAAUAUGGGACGACGGAUUACAGCCAGUGGCAACUCCACGCUCUCCCUGCCUGACGAGGAGAAUCUGGAGCGUGAGAUGUUCGCAGCGGCCGCCAAGGAGGAGGCACUGAAGGAAAUUCCAACACCGCCUCUGCCGCCCGUCACAAGUGCGAUGGUGGGAAGUGACUUUGUCUCCCUGUAGCUUCCACUUACGCGCCCACCGGUGGUUCAGGCGCUCCCUAAUGUUUCCGGAAAGGUACCAAUCCGCCCUGUGGUCCAUCAGAUACUGUCGCGCUUUUAUGGGUUCUUCUGACUACUCUUAACCCUUACACUCAGAGAGUUUUCCAUGCUUUGUGACUAACUUUGAAAUUUAUAAUUUGUAUCGCUUAGUCCACGUAUAUAAAUUAUUUUAAUUGAAAGUAGCUUUUUUUUUAAUUAUUUCUAAGAUUCAAGUUAUGAUAUUUCCAACCGGAUAUUUUGCUAAUUAUUCGAUGUUUUCCGUAUAUAGUGAGAAAGCGGGUAUUUCUUGAAUCGUUAAAAUAUCUUUAAAUUAUGAUAAUAAACAAUACAUACAUUCUUAUCAAUUCUUUAAAACGUUUUAAAACCAAUCAGUAUAAAGGGUCGAUUGUGACACUCAAACUACAAUUUUAUGCACAGAAAAACUGUGUCUUUUAAGUAGUAAAAAAAACACGAAAUUCAUUAAAAAAAAGUCACAAACAUGCUUCACACCCUAUAUCAACAUACCAUCAGAAACGUAAAAUUUUAUUUAUCUUUUGCCUCAUAUUGAAGCAAAAGUAUUCUAUAAUUCUUUUUGGCCAUUACUAUGGCUCUUUUUUUAACGUAUUUUGCCCAAUAUCUUUCCUCUGAGUACACUUAUUUAAGUCACGUUUCCUUAAUAUUAAAAGUAAUUUUUAUUCGGAAAUACUCGCCAUUGAUCCUCGUCAAGUUCGCCUUGUAUUUCUGUCCUUCCUGCGACCACAUUAUUGCCAGAAAAGCAAGUGUAGAAAGUGCUGAAAGAAAGAAUUGCGUGUGAGAACUGAAGAACAAUAUGAUUUCAGAAAGUGGAUGAAGAAGAAUUAAACUGAUUAGUGUAAUAUCCGUAUAGUUUGAGCAAAUGAAAGCUAUGACGGAACAUGUAUAAAAGUAUAAGUGUGUGUGAAAAGUUUAUUAUCUUUGAGAUUAUCUUCCUUGAGUGGAAAAAUUUUCCAUAAACGAUGAAAUUCUGUCAUCUCUAAAUAUAAAAUUGUAAUUCUUUUCUUUUUCCUUUUUUCGGUCGAUACCAUUAACAAUGAGAAAAUUAAUUUUGACUGUGGAAAAGGAAGAUUUUUGUGUGGCAAAAAGAAAUCCCCAAUCAGCGGAUGGAAAACACACAGAGAAUAAUUGAAGAUACAGAAAAAGAGAGAGAAUUUUCCAUUUUGAAGUGCAUUAGUCUAGCUUUUAAGAGGAGAAAGUAUGGAAUUACCAGUGUAAAAAAUCACUCUUUUGCGCCCUUCGCCCUUUAAUGGAAUUAUACGAGUAAACAUUGUAUUUUACUAUAAAUAGAUGAAAGCUGAAAGACGAGGAGAAGAUUGAGAAAAAAUGUGAACUUUUCUGACAACAUGAAAGAAGACGACAUUUUCAUUGAAAAAUUGAUAGAAUGUUUAUGUGAGUAAAAAAAAGCAGUAACUUUUUAGAGGAUAAAGCAAAAAUUGCUGUAUGAAAUGCAGAUUUAACAUUAUAUAGUUCAACAAAGUGAAAACAUAGAGGCAAAAAAGAGUGAAAAUUCUACAUUUAAUUAGUCUUUCAUUUGUAAAUAUCUCCUGCUCUCUUCGCAUUUAUGAGUAAAACAGAAAAAAGAGAAUAAUAAUAAUUAUUAUAAAAAUGUGGAUAUAGUCAAAGGAAAGUAUUGUAAUUAUACAAGAGAACUUUUAUUAUGCAUCCCUCAUAAUUACAAAACACUAUCUAAAAUAGUCAAAAAAAAAGAUACAGAUAAAAUCAGCUAUAUGAAUUUUUUCAUCAUUAAAAACUUGUGCGAACAAACUGGGCGAAUGAGAGAGAAUUGAGGGAAUCAGAGAACAAAAUGCAUACAUGGUUGAAAUUAAAAUAGACAGUUGAAAAAUUUGAUAUAUACCAAUAAAGCACCAGUGAGUAAUUUAAAUUGGCAAAUUCAUUCAGCGUGGGACCAUUUCGCCACUCACUGAUUUUUAUUUGUUCUUUCCUCUGUAGUAAAGUCCCAUAGCAAUACUGAUAGAGAAUAAAAGAAUUGAGCAAACACAAUGUUAUUAUUAUAAUAAUUCAGAAAUUUUGGCAUCGAAACAAUAUUUUCUCCGCCGGCAACCAUAUUCAGUUCUAUAGAAAUAACCAAAGCACAUAUCUUUCCGAGAAAGAAGAAUCAUAAAAUGUCAUUUCGAUAUAGAAAUGGCAGAUUUUGCAAAUCAUCUUUUGCUCUCUUUCUCUCUCUUCAAUUGAACAAAAACACAGAUGAACACACCCUCAAACGACGAAAGGAAAAAAAGUAAUCAAAAAUAGGUACGAAUAAAAAGUCAUAUGAAACCCGCAGAUGAAGUGUAGUGAGAGAAAUAAAGAAAAGUGGCACAGGCGGAGUAAACAAGUGGAUUUAUUGGUGAAAAGAGAUGUAAGAAAAAAAAGAUGAAGAAAAUCUAAAAUAUAUCAAUGUUGAGCUAUACACAAUAUAUUAUACAAUAAUUCCCCAGAAUUUUCUCGCGUAGUGCGAGAGAACAUACAAAAAAUGGACGACAAGAUGGAUAAAUGAA